CGCCGGCCAUGCCCGGCCCCGGCGGCCUCCCCGACGGCGGCGGCGGCGCGGGCGGGCCGGGGGCGGCGGCCGGCGGGGACCCCAGCCCGGGCCCCGCGCCCGCGCCCGAGCCCGACGACGCGGCCGCCGCGCUGCGCCUGGCGCUGGACCAGCUGUCGGCGCUGGGGCUGGGGGCCGCGGGCAGCGCAGACGAGGAGGGCACGGCGGGCGGCGGGGACGGCGCGGCGGCGGCGGGGCCCGCGUCCCCCGACGGGCCCGAGGCGGGCGUCCCCCCGGCCCCCGCCGCGCCGCCGCCGGAGCCCGACGUGAGCCCCCCGCCGGCGCCCCGGCCGUCGCCGCCCGACGUGUUCGCCGGCUUCGCGCCCCACCCCGCGGCGCUGGGCCCGCAGACGCUGCUGGCGGAGCAGAUGUGCGUGAUCGGCGGCCGCAAGAAGAGCGUGAACAUGACCGAGUGCGUGCCGGUGCCCAGCUCCGAGCACGUCGCGGAGAUCGUGGGGCGCCAGGGGUGCAAGAUCAAGGCCCUGCGCGCCAAGACCAACACGUACAUCAAGACGCCGGUGCGCGGCGAGGAGCCCGUGUUCAUCGUGACCGGCCGCAAGGAGGACGUGGACAUGGCCAAGCGCGAGAUCCUGUCGGCCGCCGAGCACUUCUCGCUCAUCCGCGCCACGCGCAGCAAGGCGGGCGGGCUGCCCGGCGCCGCCCCCGGCCCGCCCAACCUGCCGGGACAGACCACCAUCCAAGUGCGCGUGCCCUACCGCGUGGUGGGGCUGGUGGUGGGGCCCAAGGGCGCCACCAUCAAGCGCAUCCAGCAGAGGACGCACACGUACAUCGUGACGCCGGGCCGCGACAAGGAGCCCGUGUUCGCCGUCACGGGCAUGCCCGAGAACGUGGACCGCGCGCGCGAGGAGAUUGAGGCGCACAUCACGCUGCGCACGCGCGCGCUCCCGGACGCGGGCGCCGACAGCGACUUCCACGCCAACGGCACGGACGUGUGCCUGGACCUGCUGGGGGCGGCGGCCAGCCUCUGGGCCAAGGCGCCCCCCGGGGGCCGGCGGCCACCCGCCGCCCCCGCCGGCCUGCGCGGGGACGGCGCCCCUGAGCCCUUCUACGCCAGCAGCCGCGGGGGCGCGCCCGGGCUGGACCCGGGCCCCGCCAGCCCCUACGGCGGCGGCGGCGGCUCGGGCAACGGGGGCUUCACGUUCGGCGGCGACGGCCCCGGGGCCCCCGCGGGGACGGACGACGCCGACUUCGGCUUCGACUUCUUGGCGCUGGACCUGACCGUGCCCGCCGCGGCCACCAUCUGGGCACCGUUCGAGCGCGCCGCGCCCCUGCCCGCCUUCGGCAGCUGCUCGGCGGUCAACGGGGCGCCCGCUCCGCCGCCGCCGACGCUGGCCGGGGGCGCGCGCCGCAGCAGCGGCCCGGGCAUCCCGCGCCACUCGCCCACGCUGCCCGAGCCCGGCCUGGGCCUGGAGCUGCCGCUGGCGCGGCGCCCCGCACCCGACCCCGUGGGCGCCCUGCCCUGGCGGGCCCCGCACAACCCGCUGGCCUUCUCCGGCGGCGCCGGCUUCGCCGCGGCCACCGCCACGCUGGACUCCGGCACCUGCGAGGGCAGCCGCAAGCCUGCCGCGCCGGCCCCGGCUGCGCCCACGCCCGCACCCGCACCGGCACCCGCGUCCUCGGGCGCCGCAGCUCCCGCCGCCCCGGCGCGCGAGUGCGUGGUGUGCGCCGAGGGCGAGGCCAUGGCGGCGCUGGUGCCCUGCGGCCACAACCUCUUCUGCAUGGACUGCGCCGUGCGCAUCUGCGGCACCAGCGCGCCCGAGUGCCCCGCGUGCCGCACGCCGGCCACCCAGGCCAUCCAUAUCUUUUCCUAGCGCGGGCCGGGGGCUGGGGCGGCGGGGCCGGGCCGGGGCGGGGCGGGCCGGGGGCUGGGGCUGGGUCUGCGGGGGCCGGGCCGGGCCGGGCACCAUGGUGGAGCUUUAACUCGGACCCAGGCGUGGACGCGGCGCGGAGGCCCGGCGGGAGCUCGGAGCAGCAGAGCUGAGAGCCGUGACAAUAAACCGCACGAAUCGCCCCGCGUGCACUUUUUAUUCCGCCCCCCCCCGGGGGGGGCCGCGGGGCGCGCAAGGGGGGGGGCAAGGGUGCCCCACCCACCCGGGGUUUCUGACUUUUUUUUUUUUAAAUUAACCCUCCCAUUCCCGCUGUGGUUUCUGUUGUCAUUUUUUAAAAAUUUUUUAAAUGUUUUUGUUUUUUUACUUUUUACCUCUUGUGUAUAUGUAGGAAAUUUAUAGGGGAAUAUGUACUUUAUGGAGUAAAUUUUAAGAACUAAAAUAUAUUUUAUUUUAAAUAAACAAUGGACGUUUAAUCUUACACAGCUAAAUUACUGAUUAUAUAUUUGCUGAGCGGAUUUAAGGGUUAAAAAUUGUAUUCAGAGUUUUAUUUUUUGACUUCAAAGCCUUCUUAAUAAAGUCUUUGUAUCCAGUGA